AUAAAAAGUGAAUUAAUCGUAAAAAUUGUUAAGGGAUAGCAGUGAAGUGAUUGUAGAGGGAUCGCAGUGGACUGUAAAAACUAUAGGGAUUGCAGUGCAGUGAAAAUGACGUCGUACAGUGCUAGCUUCAACGAUACAGUGUCGAUGCAGUACGGGGACGGGUUCCCGCUGCUGAUGCCGCGCUGGGGGUACGUGGUGUCGGCGUUCGUGCUCUUCAUCAUCGGCUUCUUCGGCUUCUUCCUCAACCUCAUGGUCAUCCUGCUUAUGUUCAAGGAUCGGCAGCUGUGGACGCCGCUGAACAUAAUCCUGUUCAACCUGGUGUGCUCCGACUUCUCGGUGUCGGUGCUGGGCAACCCUCUGACGCUGAUAUCCGCGCUCUUCCAUCGCUGGAUCUUCGGCCACACCAUGUGUGUGCUUUACGGCUUCUUCAUGGCACUACUUGGUAUAACUUCCAUCACCACUCUAACAGUAAUCUCCUUCGAGCGAUACCUGAUGGUGACAAGGCCGCUUAGCUCAAGGCAUCUAAGCUCCAAGGGAGCUGCAGUAUCCGUAGUCUUCAUUUGGGCUUAUUCUUUAGCACUAACUACUCCACCCUUGAUGGGAUGGGGUAACUACGUCAACGAAGCAGCUAACAUAAGUUGCUCGGUGAACUGGCACGAGCAGUCGGUGAACACGCUCACAUACAUCCUGUUUCUGUUCGCGAUGGGACAGAUAGUGCCGCUCUCCGUCAUCACCUUCAGCUAUCUCAAUAUCAUCAGGACUAUGAAAAGGAACUCGAAGCGGUUGGGGCGAGUGAGCCGCGCGGAGGCGAAGGCUACCUCCAUGGUGUUUAUCAUGAUCGUCGCCUUCACGGUCGCCUGGACGCCCUACUCGCUCUUCGCCCUCAUGGAGCAGUUCGCGAAUGAGAGAAUCACAUCUCCGGGUGCGGGUGUUAUACCGGCGCUCGUAGCAAAAAGCUCUAUUUGCUACAACCCGCUGAUAUACGUCGGCAUGAACACACAGUUCAGACAAUCCAUAAAGCGAAUAUUCGGAAUACACUCAAAGAGAGGAGGCUCGCAGACAGACAAAUGUUACAACAACACGAUGCUCUCACCAGCUCACAAACAAUCUACUUACAACGAAUUCGCAGUCCGAUACAACUCCGAAACAAUGUUGUCCAGCACACCAAGAAGAAAGGAUAGAAAUACAGUAACAGAUGAUUCAGAUAACCAAUCGAUAUCAAUGACACUGAACGAGGUCGGAAGACAUCCAGGUAAAGCUUAUGACUUAAGCACUAUACAAGAAAACAAAACAGUCUCAGAUGCAGAAAGAUCAGGCGACACUAUGUACGAUGAUGAAAGCUGUGGAAGUAAUAAAAAACUAGACCUAGUUUUCGGAGAAUCAUGUAAAACUAUUCGAGAUCCGUCCCCUAUAGUUACAAUGCUAGAUUCAGAACGUUUACUCUUUAGUAGAGAACCAAAUAGUGAUGAAAAAGAAACGUUAGCCGGUGUAUAUAGCAGCAAUUUAGAGCACAGAGAUUCUAUUCAAAGGGACGAAGCCCUUAUUGAUUUAAUUGAAGUUAAAACUACCAAAAGACCUAUAAGACAGAGUUAUUCUCUAGAUCUAGGUGGUGUUUUAAAUGAAGGCAGGAAAAGAAAAUUUUCAAUUGAAACCAAACUCGAAACUUUUAGUCCGUCGAAGAUUUUUUCCAAGGACAGUGUCAUGUGCAAACUUUUCGAAUCAGAGUCUAAACAGAGGCAUGAUAGUGUCAAAAGUUACUUGUGUCGGAACGAUAGACGUGUCAACCAUGAUGAUGGUAACUUGUAGUUAGCAAAUAUUUAACUGUAUAGUCAUAAAAAGGAACAAAAAAGUGUAAAGGUAAAAGUGUAAGUAAAGUAACAAAAGUCUUUGCUCACUAUGUAGAGAGGACCGUAAUUGCGUUUC